CCACUCCCACUCAUAUAAAGCUUUUCCGCCUCAAUACUGCUAACUCACAGUUCUGUCACAGGAAGCCUCAGUAACAUUGUGUAUCUGUUCCGAUUUAUUUUCAUUUUAAUGCGUUAUUUCCCUGUUAUACUUUGCUCAGCUGCAGCAGUGAGCACUUCUUAUUCAUAUCAUUCUGUUCUUCGGAAAUUGCCCUCAUGCUGCAGGACAGACCCUCUGAUCAAAGUCUGUAUUAACACAGCUCCUCUAUGGCACUCUGGACUUUAUUCUUUGUUGGGGCUUUCUUACAGCCCGUAUUUAGUGACCCCCCAAAUAUUGUUCUAAUAUUUGCUGAUGACUUGGGAUAUGGUGAUUUGGGGUGCUAUGGACAUCCCACCUCCCUCACCCCCAAUCUGGACUUGAUGGCAUCUAGAGGACUGAGAUUUAAAGAUUUCUACAGUGCAGCACCUGUGUGUUCCCCAUCCAGAGCUAGUCUCCUGACUGGCAGAUAUCCGAGCCGAACUGGAGUGUUCCCUGGUGUAUUUUACCCUAGCUCUCGAGGUGGUCUUCCACAUAGUGAGGUGACAAUUGCUGAGCUCCUACAAUCACAAGGCUAUGAAACCGCUAUUGUGGGAAAGUGGCACGUUGGGCUUGGGCUGAAUGGUACAUUUCUGCCCACACAACAGGGAUUUCAGCACUUUCUGGGAGUUCCCUACUCUCAUGACCAGGGCCCCUGUCAUAACCUCACAUGCUUUCCACCAAACACUGGGUGCUAUGGUACAUGUGAUCUUGGAGAAGCUCUGCUCCCUGUAUUCUUGAAUGAAAAGAUCAUCCAGCAACCAGUGAAUUUCACAGGACUUAUCUCGAUGUACGUGGAAUUCAGCAAAUCAUUCAUUUACCAAGCUGUGAAAAACAGGAACCCUUUCUUCUUGUACUAUGCCUCACAUCACACUCAUUACCCACAGUUUGCAAGUGCUAAAUACACUGGCUCCACUCCACGGGGACGGUUUGGAGAUGCUCUCCGGGAAUUUGAUGGAUCAGUAGGGGAGCUGUUGCAGACUGUGUGGGAUUCUGGGAUUUUAAAUAACACAUUCUUUUUCUUCACGUCAGACAAUGGGCCUGAGACCAUGCGAAUGGAGAGAGGAGGUAGUUCUGGGCUCUUGAAAUGUGGAAAAACCACCACGUAUGAGGGGGGCAUGAGAGAACCCGCAAUAGCGUACUGGGAAGGCAAGAUAAAACCAGGAGUCACCUCUGAGCUUGCAAGUACUUUAGACAUUCUGCCCACAAUAGCAUCAUUGACUGGGGCUCCUCUUCCCAAUGUAACACUGGAUGGGUAUGACCUGGGCAAAGUCCUGUUUUCUGGACAACAAAGUCCGCGGACAAUAUUCCAUUACUAUCCAAGUUCCCUUGACCCCAAAAGAGGGAUCUUUGCAUUAAGGCUUGGCAAAUACAAGGCCCACUUCUAUACGCAAGGAGCAUUCAACAGCGGGUCAACUCCAGAUCCAGACUGUCACGCCACUGCACUGCUCACUGCCCAUGACCCACCAUUGCUAUUUGAUUUGGGUACUGAUCCAGAAGAAAACUACAACUUGCUGAACGGAGGCAUUCCUGAAGAUCUGGUGCCAGUAGUCAAUGCCAUUUUGCAGGAGCGUGACCGUUUUGAAAAAGCAAUGGUGUAUGCAGAAAGUCAGAUUCACUUGGGCACAGACUCCUCUCUGAGACCUUGCUGUAAUCCAGAGUGUUACCCCAAACCUGACUGCUGUCAUUGUUAAAUGACUGAGUAGUCUGCUGUAAUACUCUCGGUGACGUCGUAUCUGAGAUCUGAGAUCUGUGAUUCAGAUGCAUUCAGAUACCACAGUAAAAUGUAAAUGCCUGGUAUUGAAACUCUUUGAAUACAUAUGGUAUGUCCGUUUAUAGUGUGCAUCAUUAUUUCUAGCCUACUGUUUAAUUGAUCAUUCUGCUUUCAGUGUGGCACAUUGAUUCCUUGAAAUAAUGUAUUGUACUGUGUAACACU